AUGCGAGCCUCGAGCUACUAUCCCCUUAUCGCUAUGCUCAGAUGCUCGACUGCUAACUUCAUUGCCAUCUUCAUGGCAUGCCGAUCUGCCAGCUUUGUUCUGCUUGAGGCACUUUUUACCUUCUGCCAGUACAUCACCGUUGAGCCAUCGGAGUCGGAGACCUCCGGCGAAGACUCCUCCUCGGGCGACCGUGCGACAAAGUCCGAGGAGAGCGGCGUCAUGCGCCUCGCACCAGACAAGAGCGCCUCCAGCGUCAGCUGCAUGGCUGCUUGUCUGCGCGGCUUCGCGCUUGGGCUGAUUCUUUUCGGGCUUGUGUUUUGUGUGUGUUUGUGCAGCUUCUCGCUGUGCGCUGUGUGCCCGGAGGAUUUACUGGCAGAAGAUAAAAAGUGCGUGGGAAGCUUGGAGGAUCGUGGUGUCGAGCUCUCCGGCAUCCGACGUCCGAGGUCACAGUGGGCGCGUCGGCUGCUGGUUCUUUUCGGGCUUGUGUUUUGUGUGUGUUUGCCUCCGGGUAUCGCGUCUAAGGGAUUUUAUCCUCCUGCAUGCUCCUGCUGCUUGUUUGCCGACCUGACCAAGUGGGAGGAGCGUCUGAGAAGAUUCGCAAACAUCGCGCUGCAUAUGCCAGAACAAGCGGAACCGGCAGGCACACAGUCCACAGCGAGAAGCUGCACAAACACACACAAAACACAAGCCCGAAAAGAACCAGCACUGCUGGCACCCAGUCAACUUCUUCACUUCGAGGUCGUCACUGGCGGGAUUACACUUGGCGGCCUGCCUAUCGGCACGGAUGGAUUUCAUGCUAGUCAGCUCCGAGCGAAGGUUUCUACCCUCAACGAAGAGCUCUCGAAGCUCGGGCUCGUCCAGCAUGGCUUCAUGUUCAAGACGCUGGUGAGGGCGAGCCAUCUCCAGAAGCUGCGCUUCUUCCUCCAGGGGUCUUCUCCGUUUCUCCCGCGGGUCCAAUCACAGAUUCGUCGCUUUGACCUCUCUGUCCACCUGGCGCUUGAGAAAUACCACCGCUGGCCUUCCUCGCAGUACCUUGCCGCGCAUCCCGACCUGCUAGAGUUUGCGAGGUUCAAGCGGGAGCUUCCGCAUAGUCGAGGAGGGGACGAGUUCACGCCCUCUGAGGGUCUACACCCCGCUGUUUACUAUACAGCUAUCGCUCGCUUCCUCGCUUGGUACUCUGACCAGCCGAUGUCCCGGACCUUGCCCUCUCCUCAUAGCCUGGACGUUCACUGCUCGAGAUCUCUCCGUGCCCAGAAGCAUCCUCUGGCGACCUUCUUCGUUGAGGCGCACGACUUCGUUCAUAAUGCUGGAGCGAUCCUCUACCGUCGUGUCAAGGCUCCUGCACCGGCUGCAGAUGGCGCGGCGAUCCCACCUGCCCCGGCUGCUGUGCCUGAUGACGCAGGACGCCCCCCGGCAUCUGUGGUACACAUCCCUGGUUUGCGCGCUCUCGUCGACUCGUCUCAUGAGCACUUCAUUCCUCCCCCUGCGCAGCGAAAUGUGACUCCUCUUGUCAUGCGCGUCUUCCCUCGCCAUGUGCAUGCUCGCGCUGCGCUGACCGAUCAGCAGCGUGAUAUCCUCACCUUGCACAGCCGCAGGACACACUCGCUCAAGUCGCAGGAUAGGGUCUUGCAGUCUACCAUCUUCGCUCAUUUUCCUGAGCGAGACCUGAGCCACUCUCCGAUGCGAGUCUCGAGCUACUACCCCCUCAAGGCCUUCCCGCACCGCUAUGCUCAGAUGCUCGACUGCUAUCUCCAUGGCAUGCCGAUCUGCCAGUGUCCGACAAAAUGUGAUGGAUGUCAGCGCGAGCUCGAUCCCUCCGUUGCUGCACAUCAUCUCCAGACCUGCAAACGCCGAUCCUCCAAGCUUCCCACGGCGCAUGACAACCUUACUCGUACGAUUCGGUCGAUGCUGAACGAAGCUGGUCUUCAGAGCGUCAUCGAUACAGUGGGGGAUCCUCGUUCUCGACGGCAGGUACCCUCCCAUCCUCAUGGCCGCAAGAUGAAGGGCGAUAUCCACAUUCCUGGAAUCCGCGAUCGAGGGUCCGAGCAGUACGAGGGCUUGAUGGCGGACGUGACGUUGGUCCACCCUUACAUUGGUAGCUCUGCCGACCUGUACCUGACCAAGUGGGGGGAGGUCAACCUCGACGCCCUCCAUGUUGCAGCGUCUGAGAAGAUUCGCAAACAUCGCGCUGCAUAUGCCAUGACUACUCCUCCUCGAGCGUUCAUCCCUCUUGCCAUCUCGACGGACGGUACCCUGCAUCCUGACACCCUCCGCUUCAUCUGGUAUUUGGCGGACAUCAUUGCUCAGCGCUCGAUGCCUCUUGAGGAUGCGGCGUUUGGUCGGCACUUCGUGCCUGAUGACGGACCUGCUGCUGAGGUCUUGGCUCGCAAACGCGCCGCCACCUAUCAGCGCCUCACCAUGCAGCUGACGCUGGAAGCGCUCUUGUCUGGUGCGAGGCGCAUGACGCCCUUGCGGGCGCAAGCACUUCUCGAGCCAGAGGACAGCUCCUCCUCGGACUUUGUCGAGUCGCCCGAGGAGUCUUCGCCGGAGGUCUCCGACUCCGAUGGGGGACACCCUUCGAGUGGCCCCGACGAUCGGCGCGGAGCUGGCGAGGCGUCUCCGUCCCUCACUGUGACGUCGGGUGCCUCCGGAGAGCUCGACACCACUGGGGUGCUUGCUGCUGGUCCGAGCUCGCCUGCUUCCUCCCCGGCAUCGGUCGGGUCACGCCGGUCCUUGGGCAUUGCCGCGGCGUCGCCGCCGUCACGGGCGGCUACCACUGACUUGGCUACCGCUGACUCGGAGGCUAGCGAGGAGGACUACCUCGAGCGGUACCGUGUUCAUGUGUCCAGCCUCCCUCCGUCCGCUGCCCCAGGCGGACCCCCGGGUAACGCCGGCUCCUUGUCGGCGGCUGCCCUUUCUCCGUCCGCGGCCGCCCGCUUUGUGGCGGCAGCGGACGUCUCGACUGACAGUGGUCAGUCGGCUGCCUCCGGGUAUCGCGUCUAA